UGAGGAACAGAGCACCCCUUCUCUUUCUUCUCAAAAAGUUUGGGAUUUGUGGUUCUUCUUUGAUCUAGAUUGUGUGGUAUUCUCAUCGAUGGAUGUGGGUUUGUGUCUUCCACAACGAAGUGAGAGCCUUUCAUCAAGGGGGAAAUGCUGGUGCACUGUGCAUUUUCCAUCUGCUUGGAGCCAUUCAGAUUUACGUUUAUUCCUCUUGAAAAUGAUUCCUGUUUCUCGAAUUCGUAAGUUGUUCCAUUCUGCCACUGGAGAUAAAAGGCUUGACACUGUUUCAUUGAAACAAGAGAAAAAGAGACAUUGCUAUGGAUGGGGGACCUAUUUCAGGAUGUUCUUUUUCAUGCCAAUGGAUAAAGAAAUGCUUUCAGGAUGUUCUUUUUCAUGCCAAUGGAUAAAGAAAUGCUUUCAGGAUGUUCUUUUUCAUGCCAAUGGAUAAAGAAAUGCAUUAUUUCUUGUAUGAUUUUAUGCGCUGCUUUUAUGUCUAUAGUUUGUUAUCAUGCAGCUGUAGAAGGAGAUGGGUUCUAUUUCUAUGAUGAUAACUGGUUCUAUUCCCAUUUUUUCA